AUGCGAGUUUACGACUGGGCAAGAUUUGCCAUUGCUCUUGCUCCGUUCUCCCCGAUCUAUGCCGAUGAGGUGGUAACAUGGCCAAUUCGAGACACUGGACUGGGAGACAAGACAGUUCAAUGGGAUCACUGCAGCCUCAUAUACAACGGCGAGAGGGUUGUUCUCCUUUGGAGGAGAAUUCUAUCCGUUUCGUCUACCGGUCCCCGAGAUAACUGGGCCUUUUCGUUCACGCCCGGCCAGGCCCUUACAUCAACGCGGAGACAAGUGCUGUGGGCAUGCCACUCUGGCACGCAACAGGAGAGUAUGGUGACCUGCGCAAUAAUGAUACUGUUUUACAGCGGCAUGGAGUCCAUAUAUGACCAAGGUGGAAGAGAUCACGGCGCCCUACCAGGUUACCCACAACGGCACUGUCAUUUUAUACCAAUCGAAAACGAGUUCAAUCAACAAUGGAUCAAUGUGGAGGAGAAGAUUCCGAAACCAGUUCCAAUUGCGUAUAUGAAGACUCUUUUCGCGAACCCCCAAUCAUACGGCAUAGUUAUUCCAAUGACACACAACAUGCCAGGCCGUCAAUAUAAAUCGUGGCCUGUUGACUACGACACUGUUGGAGCUGGGGGGAAUGUUUAUAUUUAUGGUCUCGACAACUAUCGGGUUACCAUCCUUGGGCUCUCCAUGAUUCACGGAGGCACCAACUGGGGCUGGAUAGGAGCACCGUUCGUACCUACAAGCUACAGAUACAGCGCUGCCAUCGCUGAGAAUCGAACAAUUGGUUCUAAGUACUACGAGAUAGAGAGCCUUGCCCUUUUUACCAGAGUGGCGAAGGACUUGACCAAGACCAAUAUCGUGGGGAACAGUACAUCGUACUCUGACAACGAAGCAAUUACGACUAUCGAACUCAGGAAUCCUGAUACGGACGCUGUUUCUAUGCCAUCAGACAUACAGAUCCCACCAGCAAUUAUGGGCAUUCGGAGUGAUGCGUCAAAAGUUCGAUUCGUCAAGUCAAGAAAGGGCCUGGUUGUCAAUUUCAAGGAGCAAGGAGGUACGACAGUUGUCACUACUGACAACGAUGUGCGUAUGCUCCUGAUGGACCGCGAUAAAGCACAUCUUUUUUGGGUGCCGGCGCUGACGGCGGACCCUCUUGCGCCUGUUGAUCAAGUUGGCAAGCUCUCCAUCAAUCUCGCUUAUAACUCAUUUUCUGACCGCUGGAUCAGCUUUCGGUCCAGGGCCUCACCUGAAAUUGAGGUCUUCACAGCUAAGAAAGUGCAGGCCAUAGAAUGGAAUGGAAAGCGCUUAAGGACUAAGACGACCCGCUGGGGUAGUCUUACGGCACAAAUUGAUGGGCCUGGGAAAUUCAAAACCCCCGAGCUCGGAGCCUGGCGAGUACAGGACAGCCUGCCCGAGCAACUUACUAACUAUUCUGAUUCCGGGCCUGCAUGGGUGAAUGCAGACAUAUGGAAACUCCAAGCACGACGAGCCACAAAACCGUAUCUCUACAGCAACCAGUACGGCUUCCACAACGGGGUGCACCUGUGGCGUGCUCACUUUAAUGGCACUGCCGAUGAAAUUUACCUUGAAAGAGAAUGUCCUUCUCGUCAUGCAAGGUAUUACAGGCCACGAUCAAAGUUCCGGAUCCCUGAAUAUCGUGGCAUCGUCAAUUCCACCUUGCUGAACAGCCAGUCCGGAUUCUCCUCUUGGAAGGUCGCCAGGACAGCGGGAGGUGCAACCGGUGCUACGCUCGAUCCAGAACGAACUCGCUACAACGAGGGUGGAUUGACAGCCGAACUUCUUGGAUGGCACCUCCCAGGCUUCGACGAUUCGAAAUGGCCCCGAGCAUCACCUAGUGACGGGUUUACAGGAGCAGGAGUCCGGUUCUACCGCACUAAUCUUGCUUUCAACACACCAGCUGGCCAUGAUGUGGUCCGCUGGCCAUGA